AUGAAAAAAAAAUGGAAUUUUCCUAAUUGUAUUGGUGCCCUAGAUGGGAAGCAUGUGGUCAUACUUUCUCCUAUUAAUAGUGGUAGUGAUUAUAUUAAUUAUAAAGGAACAUUCAGUAUCGUUCUAAUGGUCUUGUGUGAUGCUGACUAUAAUAUUACUUACGAAAAUAUCGGAUCACAAGGUAGAAUAUCAGAUGGAGGUAUUUUUCGUAAUUUUACAUUGUCAAAGAAAUUAAAAAACGGAACGUUGAAUUUACCCACACCAAGAUGUUUGCCUCAAAAAUUUAAGCCUGUCCCAUAUGUUAUCGUAGCUGAUAAUGCAUUCCCAUUACAGGAAAAUCUGUUAGUCCCUUAUAGUGGAAACCAUGAUAGUGGAUCAUUUCAAAGAAUUUUUCAGUAUAGGUUAUCUAGAGCUCGUAGAACUGUUGAAAAUGUGUUCGAAAUUAUGUCCGCAGUUUUUCGUGUUCUAAGAAAACCUAUUUUACUAAAUCCUAAUAAAACUCGAUUAGUCACGGAGUGCUGUAAUGGUCAAAUACUUAAUGGAUCAUGGAGAAAUGAACGCGAAGGGCAGAUAUCAUUAUUAUCGAUAGAAAAAAGAGGUAGAAAAACAUCUAUAACGGCAAAAGACAUUCGAAAAGAAUUUGCAGAAUACUUUAUGACAACUGGAAAAUUAGAGUGGCAAUAA